AUGGCUUGGGUUGAUCAAAACCUCGUGGGGUAUGGGUAUUGUAGGAAAAUAGACUUUCCCGACCGUCUCCCCAGGUUGUUUAGGGACAAUAUGGCUCUCGGCAAAUGGCUGGGGAGUGUUACUCUCUGUGGAGAGAAUUGGGAAGACCCCAUUCUUCUUGCGGGAAGUGCGGAGGACGAAAUUUCUUUGGAGAUGACCCUGCAUGGUUACUAUCAAGGCAAUAUUUUCCAUCAUGAGAUUGAUCUCGUAGAGGUUCUUCCUCCCCCUGUGUCUGAAAGGAACAUGCGGGAGUUUCUGGGCUAUUCUUGGUUGAUAGGGGAAAUCCGGGUUCUAGCAAGCCUGCAUCUCCUUCUCAUCCAACCUUUGUAG